ACCAAGUGGCAAACCCAAGUUACCCAAAUCUCAAGCACUACUUGGCAAGUAGCAAUUUCAAAGAAGGGCAGACGAAACGCAGCAGCUGGUGAGUACAUGAUGGAUAGGAGUGGAUGGGCGACUGCUGGACAGUGGUGGUAACCAAGCGCCACCGAUUUGCUCAUCACUGAUCAACCCAUCAACUUGUCUUGAUGUGAGGCAAUCUUAUGUGCAGUGUACUCGAGAUUGCGCUUCACAUUGAAUCGCUGUAUGAUUUCUUCAAAAUCAAGGUAUAACACCGUUACAAUCAGGUUCUCCAACAUAAUAUCAACGAUCUACCUAUGGAUUAAUUACCAUCGCUUAAGUAUCGAGCAAUUACACAUUCACUUUGCCAUGUGUUGUUCUUGACGAUCUUUCCAGGCACAGUCUGGCUUCUAGGAUAGAUAAAAGGAAAAGCCUACGCAAGGGAAAGCCAGGCGUUUCUCUCCAAUUUGACUGUCACUACUCGAGAAGAAAUACAAAGAUGCGUUUCUCGCUCAUUUCUUUCACCCUCCUGUCAAGCGUCGUAGCCUCGUCUUGCGCUUUCUCUCUGUCCAGUCGUCAGGAAGGUCUUCCCACUUGCGCCGCACUUUGCCUUACCAACGGUCCCAGAGGGAGCUGCAAAGAGACGGACGAUGCAUGCCUGUGCUCUAACGAAGCGUUUGUAACGGCCACCACGGCGUGCAUUCAGAAACAGUGUGCGGGAGCCCAAUUGCAGGCAGCGGUAUCUGCUGCUCAAGCCCUCUGCCUUGCUGCUGGUGUUACGUUGGCCGUUCCCUCUGGGCUUGCUACCGUUUCUGGGGCUGGUUCUGCAGCAGCUACGUCCCCAGCUGUAACUAGCACUGGGUCGGCGGCACCAGCAGCCUCAACAACCGCCAAAGCAAGUGGUGCCCUGUAUAAUGGGGCGAGCAUUUUGGCUGGCAUUGCCUCGCUUGCACUUGCUGCAGGCAAUAUUUAAAUUUCAUUGUAUAGUGAUACCCCCUAUCAAUUGCCGUCAUCUAAACCUAUUCGAAUGAGGAUUCGACUUUC